UGUGUCGCGCGGUUUAUUUGACGACGUCAAAAACGAUCCGAAUGCAGUUGAGUUUUAGCUCGCGGUGACGUCACAUCCGUAAUGCUGGGGGAAGCGCAAUGACAGCUGGUUUGUUUUUAUCCACAGAAAACACAAAGUCAAUAUCUGAAGACUGCCAGCAAGGAAAAGACUCUGGUGGAAGACAGUGGUCAACUCAAAAGUUCUGCAGCUGAAGGGGAGGCUGUGUAGCCAUGGAGCCACCAGUGGAGAGUGAAGGUCGCACCUUUGUAGAGGUGAUCAGUGAAAAGUACAGCCCCGAAAACUUUCCGUACCGUCGAGGUCCUGGGAUGGGAGUGGUGGUGGUUCCUACUGCUAGUCCCCAAGGAUCUCCAAUGAAGGACCGCCUGAACAUGCCCAGUGUGCUGGUGUUGAACAGCUGUGGAAUCAGCAGGGCUGGUGAUCAGAGUGAAAUUGCUGCUUUCUGUUCCCAUGUGAUGGAGCUGGACCUGUCUCAUAACAAGCUCAAGGACUGGCAUGAGAUCAGUAAAAUCAUCUCCAACAUCCCCAACCUGGACUUCCUUAACUUGAGCUCUAACCCCCUGGCGGGAAUCCCUCUUGAGCGACGGUGUGCUGCAACCUUUUCCAAGGUCCGACGACUGGUUCUGAACAAUACCCAAGUGUCUUGGGACACCGUUUUGCUGCUGACUCGUGAAAUGCCGGAGUAUGAAUUCAUUUGGUUGAUGGUGAGUGGAUUUGCUAUCAGUCCAGCAAAGUUUGAACCCUUUGCUUUGCUGCCUCCCAGGUUGGAGGAGCUAUUCUUGUGCCUGAAUGAGUACAGCAUUGUAAGUGCCCCCAGUGUUGCCUGUCCAAAUCUUCGUCUGCUUCACAUAAACGACAACAGCCUUCAGGACUGGGCCGAGGUCAGGAAGUUUGGUGCUAUGUUCCCCAGUCUGGACACUCUGGUAAUGGCCAAUAACAACCUGGCGUCCAUCCAAGACAGCAAAGAUAUUCUCCAGCGGCUCUUUCCAAACUUGCGCAGCAUCAAUCUCCACAACUCAGGUCUAAAUAAAUGGGAAGACAUUGAGAAGCUGAACUUCUUCCCGAAGCUGGAAGAGGUUCGGCUGCAGGGGAUUCCUUUGCUGCAACCAUACACCAAUGCUGAGCGACGCAGCCUCUUGAUUGCACAGCUACCCGCUAUAUCACUUUUGAACGGCAGCGUGGUGAAUGACAACGAGAGAGAAGAUGCAGAGAGGUUCUUUAUACGCUACUAUGUGGACUAUCCCGAGGAGGCUCUACCUUGCAGAUACCACUGCCUGGUGAACAAGUAUGGCAAGCUGGAACCUCUGGCUGAGAUUGAUCUUCGACCUCGGUAUCACGCCCAGGUGGAGGUCCACUGUGAGGGAAAAGUAGAAGAGCUUAGCAUCCGUCUGGACCAGACUGUAGCUGAGCUGAAGAAGCAGCUGACAACGGUAGUCCAGCUCUCCAGCAACAGUAUGCGGCUUUACUACAUCGACAAAGGCAGUGCCUUCGGUCCUGAGGAAAUGAAGUACAACACCAGAGCUUUGCACUCGUACACAAUCCAAGAUGGUGAUGAGAUACUCGUUGUGCCCAAGACCAAGUGAAUG